AAGGCGGCUAGGGUUUCUCACUCUUUCCCUUUAUAAUUUCUUCAUUCUUUGGACAUACCAUUCUUUUUCACAUCUCACAGACAUUCUCUCUCAACUUUCGUCGUUCUUUCAAUUCUGGGUAUUCUCUAAUUCUUUUGUUAAACUUGAUUUUGGUCUAAUACUCAUUUGGGAAUUUCUUCCUUCUUUUCCUCCUCUGAACUAUUCAAUUGGGAUUUCUUUGCUAUUGGUUGUAGAAUUUUGAUUUUGAUUUUGAUUGAAUUGAUUGAAGGGAGAAGAUUUGAAAAUCCUGCAUUUACCAGUAUGAGUUAUCCUGAAUCACGCUCCUCUUAUAUGCAACCAAUGGCAUCAGCUUAUGAAGGCAGUGAUGCCAUUGGUGUUUGGCCUCAAUUUGCUGUGAACGAUAGCCAAUUUGACCCACAGUUGCAGUAUGAAGAGCAACAGCAUCAGCAUCAGCAACCACCCUUCAAAAGACCUAGACAUUCUGAGGAUAUUCAAACAGAUGCGGUUCAAUGCACACUCACGAAUUCUAGGAUGCCUAUGAAUCCUCCUGUCAACAAGGGAAUAAACAACAUUUUCUUCAAGACCCGAAUGUGUGCCAAGUUUAGGAUGGGGGCUUGUAGGAAUGGUGAAAACUGUAACUUUGCUCAUGGCAUGGAGGAUUUGCGUCAACCCCCACCUAAUUGGCAAGAACUUGUUGGUGGGCGUGAAGUUGGUGGACGGGAAUGGGAUGAAGAACGUCCAAUGGAGAGCUGGAAUGACGAUCAGAAGAUAAUUCAUAGGAUGAAGCUGUGUAAGAAGUUUUACAAUGGAGAAGAGUGCCCCUAUGGGGAUAGGUGUAAUUUUCUUCAUGAAGCUCCAACAAGGUAUAGGGAUGAUUCAAUGAAGUUUCGGGAGAGCUCAGCUAUAAGCAUUGGAACAACAGGGGCAUCACUGGGCUGUGGAAGUGGAUCUAAUCAGUCAGAGGGUAAUAGGCCUUUAAACAGCAGCACUGGUUCCGAUGCUUUGCGAGCAAGCACGAAGCCUGUCUAUUGGAAAACAAAGCUAUGUAUGAAGUGGGAGAUAACUGGUCAUUGCCCAUUUGGUGAGAAAUGUCACUUUGCUCAUGGACAAUCAGAGUUGCAGGGGCCUGUUGGUGUGCGCUUUGAAGCUGAAAUUGCAAGUACUGUGUCUAAUCCAGCAAGAACUGGUACUGGGUCCAUUUCAACGAAAACUCUCCCUCUUCCUGCAAAUGAUGCAUCUCCAGUUAACACAACAACUGUCCCUACAUUGAAUGACGAAGGUCAGGAUAAGAAGUGCCUGUUCAAAUGGAAAGGACCCAGGAAAAUCAAUCGGAUUUAUGGUGAUUGGCUUGAUGAUAUGCCAUUAGUGCACAACUUCCCAAGUGAAGUGGAGAUCUGAAAUCAAAUUCAAGUUCUCAUUCGUUGAAACAAAAGAUCUAGACGUUUUGGGUUUGGGGCUCGGCUCUAGGGAUUUGAUCGGCUGUUAUGUGGGAAUGCAGUUUCUUUUCUUGUUUACUUUAACAGAAUAGGAAAUUAUAUUUCAUUCCAAUAUUGAAACUUAGUGAUUGUUUCUGGUCAAGAAAAUGGAAUAAAUGUUCUUUCUUGGU